AUGGUGUGCACUUUCAGGCGUCUGAAGAUGGGGUUGACAAUGGGCAAUGAAGUCACUGUUUGUAAGGAUCCGCAGUGCCUUCUUUCGAAGAAUCAGGAUGUCAUUGGCAUGCGGAGAAUGACCCAGGGUGCGCCUCCAGGGAUCGCGGGUUUGCUACAGGAGUGCAGCUCUCCGCUACUCCAACAGGCUACCUGCAGGGGUGAAGCAGUUGGAUACCAGCAAAUCGAAACCUGGACAAACCCUGCACCCAGCUUCCUUGGCAAUAUAGACGACUCAUCGAUGAUCGGUGAUGCACCCUGUUUUUUGUCAUUUGAGUCCUCACAAGCCUGUCCAUUUGUUCCAGACGAGUGUCAGACCACUUCAGAACACCAAAACUGUCUGAAACAUCCAACGCCUAUUCAAGAAAACUGUAUUCCAAAAAUAAUAGAAGGAAGAGAUUGUAUUGGAGCAGCUAAGACCGGUAGCGGAAAAACUCUAGUGUUUGCAUUGCCGAUUCUCCACAAGCUAUGUGAAGACCCAUAUGGAAUUUUUGCUCUGGUUUUGACUCCAACCAGGGAGCUUGCAUUUCAGAUAGGCGAUUCGUUUGCUGUGAUUGGUCGCGCAAUCAACCUGAGGCAAAGCAUAAUAGUCGGUGGCAUGGACAUGGUCGCUCAGGGCUCCGAAUUGGCAAAAAAGCCUCAUGUCGUUAUCGCUACACCUGGCAGGUUAGCUGAUCACCUAGAAAGUUGCAAAACAUUCUCCCUGCAACAGAUCAAGUUCCGUCUGGACGAAGCUGACAGAUUACUGGGCGGGGCAUUCGAUGGCCAGUCAAGAACUAUAUUCUCGGCACUGCCACACAACAAACAGACUCUGCUGUUUAGUGCCACAAUCACUGACACACUUGAGAAAGUUAAAAAAGUCGCUAAGAAUGAG